UUUUCGGGUAAGCGGGAACUGGCGGGCGGGAAUAACAUGUAAUGGCCCGAAUAUUAUUGUUUGAUAUUUGCGAAUUAGUACACUGUACAUGCGACAUCGAGUGUGAAUGGUUACUGUGAUGCAGGUGGCAAUGUCAUUGUUUACAUGUUCGUUUGUAAACGUGCUAAAGCAUGCAUAAAUAAACAAAAUGAACGUUGAAGAGGAUGUUGAUUGUGUUGUCUGGUUUAACUGUCUGGGAGAAGAUAAUUUGAAAGAUAAUAGGUUAGGGAACAGUUUUUUGAAAAAUGAUGGUAUCCGACUCUUGUUUGAUCAAGAUGUUGGUAAAUGUUUGUAUCGAGUCAGAUUAUUUGGAAGGACAUAUAACAGAGAUUGCCCUUUACUAGAAGAUAAUAUUUUUCAUUGGUGCCUAAAAAAAUACCUCAGUAUUUAUCACAAUGCCACAAGAAUGAAUAAGAGAGUAUAUGAUCCAGGAGAUAAUGAAUGUAAAAAUAAAAAUUAUAGCCACUUGAGAAAAGAAAUAUGUGAAUUAAUGAAUUAUAUUUGUAGUUUCCUAGCAAACCCCUGGAACGAAGAGUCCUUUUGGUUAUGUAAUACAAAGACGUUAAACUCUCUACAUAAUCAACUUUCUUCAUUUUGGGCACAUGUAAAAAAGUUAUCUGAUCUAUCUGAAUUUACUUUCUAUUCAGGCAGUGUUAUGGAUAAUGAGUGUCCUCAUGCUUCAUUUCAUUUGGUGCAUCUUAGUUUAGAUCUAUUGUGGUAUCGACUUUGUAUACUCUAUCGUUUGGAGCAACUAGUAAAACUUGAUGAAUUGCAAGGUGUUUCUUAUGAUGUUCAUGAAGAAAUGAAGCAGUACAUUCAGUUAAUCUUUGAAGAUUUAUUUACACUUGCCAUUUCGAGGUUUGAAAAGCUUUCACCAAAGGAAAUUAAAAAAAAAUCUCCAUUUCGAUGUACAUGUGUGAAGGAAAUGUGGCUUCUAAUUCAGCUGUUUGUUGACAAGCAUAACAAUACAUCUCAUCAAAACGAAUUCUGGUCCCUUUUAAAUACUUUGUGUACAAGAUUACUACAUUCGUCAUCAAAUGACGUUCAGAAGAAAGGAGUGUUUAAUAACCUAACCUGUACAAAUCCAGUUUUGUUCAGUUUUUGGAUUCUUUUCCAUUUAGGGCAGUUGUAUAUGUAUGGUGAAAGAGGAGAGUACAUGGGUUCAUCUAGUAGCAGAAUGGUUAGCAAUUACACAUUAUUGGAUGAACUACUAAAAUUUCUACUUUCUGUAGAUAUAGUGUCUGAAGCUCAACUUCGUUCAUGCAUUCCAUUUAUAACAGAUAUUGUAAUAGAUUUGUGGCCUCCUAAGAGAGACCCCGUAUGUAAACUGUGGGAACAUUUCCAUCAUCGCCUUAAUGGUUGCUUUUUUCUACCUGGUGCAUCAACUGACACAAUUGCUAUUCCUUGUUCUAGCGGUGCUGAAAUGUUGCUACUUGUGCAGAACAUCAUGGAUCUUCCAACAAAUUCUGGAUUACAACAAAGAAACAGUUUCUACUUGUUUCUUCGAUUGUUGGGUGUUUUCUUGUCAAAAAAUCCAUCUCAGAGACCCAAUAUUGAAGGUCGGAUAUUCUCAAAAUUUUCCCAGACAAAAAUGCAAUCCCUUAAAGAAAUGGGUAUUUUUAACUUUGGCAUUCUUUGUUUGUGUAUGGCAGUGUCUGGGCAUGCUAAGGAAGUAGGUGACAAAAUGCAGUAUCUUUUAAAUUGGUGUAAUCCUCAGUCUGUCGAUUUGUGUCGACAUCUUAUGAUAUGGAGAGCACAAUUAGCACUCUUGCAACUGUAUAUAGAAAAAGAAAUGGAUAUAACUGAGGCUUCAGCCCUUUUGAUGGAAGAUGUGAAUCAUGUAAGCAGAUCCAGAAGUAAUGAUUCAGUUUCAUUGUUCAAUUUGCUAGCUAGAGGUUUGAAAGAUAUAAUUACCACGAGCAAAAAUCUGGAUUACUCAGAACACAUACUUAUAGGAAGUUGGAUUAGUUCAUACAUGAGAAUGACUGCAGAUCCUGUACUUCUUAUUGACACACUUUUGGAAAUAAUGAAAAAAAUCCUUACUUUGUCCAAAAAUGUUGGUAUGAUAGAGUAUGAUGCUCCAAACACUCACCUCUCCAAAAUGUAUUUAGCAUUGUGCAAACAUCUCCUUCCAUAUAUUAAAGAGAAGUUCGCAAAUUCAGAUACAAACUUUCCAAGUUGCCAGGUGGCAGAUUUAGCUGUGAAAAUGACUCUUUUGGCAUUAAAUAGAACAAAUGUGGGAGUUGCUGGGACGUCAGUUCCUCAUCUGUUUGAAAGUUUUACUGUAAAUGCUCAUCCUUUAAAUUCAGAUUUAAGCAUCAAAUAUGUGUGUGUUUUAUUGCAAGAGGAAGGGAUUCUUUCAGAACUUAUGGACACCUAUAUUAAUUAUGAAGUAUUAAUAAUACAAACAUGGAUAAGGAGUUCUGUUUAUGUGUUUGAAGAGAAUUCACAACACAAAUUAUCUAAAUUAACAAACAUUGUGUGGCAGAUGCCUUCUUUUCGUGCUCUGUGUCAAGAAGCAUCCAUAGAUAUAAAAGGUCUUGCCAAACCUGGGGAUAUGUUUAUCCUUGGAUUGGGUAGAGUGUUUUUGAAGAAAGUAACCCUAGAAGAACGAACUCAGUUCCGAGAACAAUGUUUACUGUAUUUAACGCCUGUAGUGAAGAGUUUUGAAAGACUGCUCCGAAAUAAAGGAGUAAAUCAAAACAUUUUAUGUAGAAUAUACGAAGUUGCCUCUCUUUUAAUACUGCACUGUGGAACUAUUAUAUAUUCUAAGUCUCAGCCUUAUUGCAUUUUCAAUUCAUUGAUAAACUCUCUUUUAUUACCAGUGGCUUUAUUCAAGCCUGGAGCAGAAAUGCCAUCGUCUAUGCUAUAUGCAGUACGACGGACGUUUCCUGUUUUUGUUAAGGGUAUAGUGAAACUUAAUGGUGCUUCAGGAAAUUCAUUAAUAUCCACUAUUAAAAAUCUAGUGGUUAGAUAUUUUCCUCGUUUAGUAGGGAAGGUAUCUGUAACUUCUCAAGAGUGCAAAAGCGAAGCACCUCUUGGACACUCUCUAUUAUUAUGUUUUGAUGACUCUGAUAAAGAUGUACCUGAAUGUGUAUUAGAGAUAAUUUCACAGACCUUCUUGAAGGUUGGAGAUCCACAGUGUGUAAAUACUCUAAUGUUCCUUCUGGAAUUAUUGCAAGCAAAGAAUUUUAAUAAGAGAAUUGUGGAAAUGUUCAUUAACAUGUCAUUGGCUCGUAUAUUAGAAAUAAUAAUCUUAAGUGAUUCAAGCAUGCUUAGUGCAAGAAGACAGGCAGUUCACCUUUUAAACGAAAUUUUACUUAAUAAAAUAAAUGACAGUCCAUGUUUGAGGCAAAGUUUCUGGUCUGUUCUUUGGGCUCUCAUUGAGCGACAUAUGGUUUUACAUUCAGUGAACAUCAUGUCCUUGCUAAGUAAAAUAUGUAAGGUUUCUCCCAUUAUGAUAACUGAUGGAUUACCACAGAUAAAAGAUAUGAUAAAAUCACCAGAAUUGUUCCAUCGAUCUAAUGUGGCAAAAAAUGUGAGGUUUGGAGUGGAAAAUAUUGAAAAGUUGUUGAGUUUGUCAAAGCAGAAUGAACAAUCAUGAAUUUACCUAAGACUUUUGAAGAAAGUCUUAUUAAAAAAACUUUCUGAGAGAGAAGAAAAUGACUUUGAAACAUGUUGUGAAAUUUGUUUUUUAUGUAAUAGAACAUAUUCAGUCCAAUCAUGUUCUUUGUAUAGUUGUAUUUGAAAUUAUAUAUUUGUAUAUUGUGUAUGAAAUAACUUUAUUAUAUAAGUAUUUUUAUUUUUGUUUGUUCAGUGAAGUAUCUUUUAAGUGUCAUCUGAAUAUAUUUUGUAAAUUCACUAAUUCAGAAGGAAAAGGGAAAUAAAAUUAAAAUUGUACCUGUUGUUUCAUUACAACAAAAUACUCUCCAGGUUUUAUCAGUUUAUUGAACAAGAAGUCCACCUCACAUUCUACUGGUACCAGUUUUUCCUCAUCCACUUGACCUUGGAGCUGUCCUUGAAAGCCGUUGACCAAGAAUGAACUGUAAUGUUACAAUUUUUGUUUUUGUUUUGUGUAAAUGUAGAUAUUAUAUUGGAAAGUUCUGAAAACUAAAAGAAAAAAAUAUAUAUAUUUUGAAAAUUAGAGUAAAUUUAUUUAUGUCAUUAAAACAAUAAUAGAUUGGUCAUAUAAAAAAAGUUGUUUUAUGUGUAAUGUAUGUUACAAAUGAGUCUUUUGAGUGUUGUCAAUAUAAAAUUUUU